GGCCCUUUGUUUUAGAUCAUCCAGAAUGGGUAUAAAAGACGCUGCAGAAUAGCAAAUUGUAUCAGUUUUCUGAUUGAGUUCGAUUAUUACAGUCGUAGCAACCAGCUAAAACACUAAACCCUUCAAAAUGUUCAAAUUGAUUGCUUUGUUCGCCCUUUUCGCUUUGGCUGCUGCCAAACCAGGCCUUAUUAGUGCUCCAUUGGUCGCUUCACCAGUUGUGGCUGCUCCAGUUUCACGAAUUGUAGCUGCCCCAUAUGCUAGCCCAUAUGCAUCGUAUGCUGCAACAUACUCGGCACCCUACGCAUAUUCGGCCUAUUCUUCUCCACUGGCCUAUAGCUCGUACAAUUCAUACAGCUCGCCAUACGCAUACAGCGCUUACAGCGCUCCUUAUGCAUACAGCUCCUGGUAAACAACACCUUUGAAAUGAUCGACACCGCGUCAAGGACAUCUAGAUGCACGCUUACAUCGAGAACAGGAAAAAAAAAACAUCAAAUACUUUUGGUUUCAACGUUUACACACAACAAAUCCGUUCGUUUUUGACUGAAUUUUGAUCAACAUCAUUAUUGUCAGAAUUAAUUCUUUUUUGAUUUUGCAAAAUUAAAAACCACAUCCAUCUGAAUGUGACAAAAAAAAUGUAUCAUCAUAAAAACAUUUCAUCGAAAAAAUAAAAAUUAGUACAAAUCUUACA